AUGGUAAUUCAUGGAGAACCAUCUCCAUGGAGAAAGAAAGUUAAAUUUGUGGGUCUAAGGCUGGACUUUGAAGGAUUACUUUACGAUGACUAUGACCUGAUUGAGCCCUCGAUCAAUUACAAUUUGAAGGAUGAAGUUGCGAGGAGGACAAAAGAGUUGAUGCGUGACACAUAUGGAAGAACAGUUGUUCUGUUGAGACUUGUGAUGGUUGACUUAUCGGGGCUCAUUGCUAUUGCAGGUUUAAGGAGCUCGGGGUUGAACUUGUGGCUCAUUAUAGGGAUUCUAGUAGUUCGGUAUAUUGCUUUGCCUGUAUUGGGGGUGGUUGUUAUUAAAGCAGCAUACAAUUUUGGGAACCCUGAGCAGAUCCCAUGGGGUGAAACUACUCCUAAUGUUGUUUAUGGAGUCUUCACUGACAAUAACAAAGCUGCUGCCCAUUUGAAGGAGGAAUUUGUGAACUAUCUUUUGGUCUCACCGGGUGAAUUGUCUUUGAAGUCCGUAUAUGCAGAAUCAGUGGAGGAUAUUGUUUGA